CUAGGGGUGCCGCGAAAUUUUUUUAGCACAACAAGGGUGCCGAGGUGAAAAAAGUUUGGGAACACCUGGUUUACAUAACUGAUACAAAUAACAACGCUUUGCAUAUCAAUAAGCUUGAGUGCAUCCGUGGCUCUCAUUUGCUUAUACUCUCCAAAGGUUUACAUCCUAGUAUUCCAUCCUGAUAAAAAUGUCCGCAAACUUACUAUGAAUAGUACAGUUUACCGACGAUCUGUGGGCGCUUUUGGCGGCGGCGGUGGAGGCAAUACGGCACAAGCAGUGACCACCGGUACUUUUGGAGGCCAUGGCUGUGGUGGGACUGGAAGCACAUCCGGCUGCAGCCGAUCACACGGCAUCACUGGCAGCGUCAAUGCAGCCAACACGACCGACUCGACAAUCAACAAAAACGUUCCACCGCAAAUGGUAACACAGCGUGGACAUGACGUCGCAGAAUCGUAUGACGCCCAAAAAACAACAGAAGCGGAGGCAGUAACGGGGAAAUAUAUUCCUUCGCACGUGACAAAAGCAACAGAAAAAGAUGUGCAAACAUAUGCGAACCUACAACCAGCGAAUGGUGAUGAUGAUAAGCCUCUAGGCGAAGCUUUGGCAAUGGCAGAAACGAUUCGGCGUCGUCUAAACGCAAGCACAAAUGCGAAUGGCGUGGCAGAUACGGCAGUCGGAUGCGAAUGUAUUAAUAUGAUUAGCCAUAAAAUAGAUGAUCACUCAGCGCCAAAUGCGAGCGGAAGUAGUGGCAGCCUCAAAUCAGUUAUAGACUAAAUAUGAAUAAUAAGUUCAAAUCAAGGCGAAUCAAUAUAAGGUGAUAGCAGGAGUACAAAAACAAAAAUUUACAUGUAUUUUGUUUUUGCUUUGGUGGCAUAAACUGUGAAAAUCUGUAAGAGU